AUUAUUGACAUUGAGGAGCAGGUGAGGCGAGGACCUGCUUUCAAAAGAAAGCAUGCGGAGGGUUUAAUGAGUUCUUUUAAUGCCAAAAUUGCCCUAGUUUAUUUUCUUUAACGACGACGCUUGUCCCUCCGGUUACACGAUCACUCCUGUUCUCUCAUUUCUUUUGUCUUCGUAUUUUCUCAACCUCCACCGUCGUCACCAGACUCACCACCCAACUGCCAGCCUUCUGCCUUCCGGCCAGAUCUCCCGCUCCGGCCAUCGCUCUGCUUUUCGUUCAUCUCUCGCUGCCGUCGAACACCAAAAACAAAGAGCGAAAAUUCCCCCUUCCGCUGGUAAGAACAAACUCCAGUCAAUUACUUGAAUCCUCUCAUACAUGCCACUCUUAGAUCCUUCUUAGAAAAAAGAAACUGAGCUGUUAUUGCCUCCAUAAAUCCCUAUAUGGAGCUUCUUACUUGAUUUUUUGUUUAAUUAUACUUGUUGCUGGAAUUCGAAAGCACACCCACUUGACGGAGGCUGGAGCUAAACAACACCAGGGUAAUUCAGAAUGCAAAAAGAAUAAUUUCAAUCAAUCGACAUCAGAAUAUGUCAUUCUUGAAGCAUGUUUGGGGUGAUGUUGAGAGACAAUUUUGUACUUCAAUAUCACAUGGUGGUUUAACUUUUCCAGGGCUCCUUACAGUACACCAGAGCCAAAGAUUGAUCCGCUCUAUUGUAACAAGCAUGGCAGUAGUCUUCAGUUACACAGCCUGCAGACAGCUGUCACAGAUGUUCGCGGCGAUAAUCUUUUUUCAUGGUUCUGAAUACAUUUUAGCAGUUGGCAUUCACGGGAAAUCAAAUGUCACUCUGAAAUCUCUUCUGAUCAGCAAAAACUAUGUGGUUGCAAUGAUUUUUUCCUUGCUGGAGUACUUAAUUGAAUAUAUUUUGUUCCCUGGUAUGAAGGAACACUGGUGGGUCAGCAACUGGGGCCUUGGAAUGCUUAUAAUAGGGGAAAUCAUUCGGAAGAUGGCAAUAAUUACAGCUGGUCGGUCCUUCACACAUCUCAUCAGGGUUCAUCACUCAGAGCAUCACCAAUUGAUUACAAAUGGAAUUUAUAGAGUUGUUCGGCAUCCUGGUUACUGUGGUUUCUUCAUAUGGUCAGUGGGCACUCAGAUAAUGCUUUGUAAUCCCAUAUCAACAAUUGCAUUUGCACUUGUAGUUUGGCGCUUCUUUGCGCAAAGAAUACCGUAUGAAGAGUAUUUCUUGAGGCAGUUUUUUGGGUCGCAGUACGAGGAAUAUGCCAGACGAGUUCCUGCCGGGGUGCCUUUUAUAAAGUGAAGAUCCGAGGGAUUCUGUGGGAAGGGUUGAAUUCCUCUUGCCUCACUCAUCUUGCUUCUGCUAGAUUGUAGAAUAGUGUUGUCUUCUUUAGCUGAUAAAUGGGUUGCAGGUGAGACUGAGAAUGUAUCAGCCAAUGUUUUGUAUGGCUUGUCCAUGAGACUUAAAUUCACAUGAAAACUUAACAUUUUUAAUCUAUAUGUUUACACACGCAGACAA